AUAUACUUCCAAUUUACUUCUACACAGCGUUCAAUUUACUUGCAUAAUUAAGUGUGGUCUAACAAUUUGGUUUACUCUUACUGUCAAAGUCAUGCGGUGUUUUACAUAGUUACUGUUCGUUAAGUGAAUGUAAACCUUGAAGGAUAUUGAGCUUGAACUUUAUUUGUAUUUGAAUGCACCUGUGUUUUAGUUUUCAUGUAAACUUCUUGAGCUGAACAACUUUUAAAGGUAGCUAAAUGCCAGUAUUUUGAGGACUUGUUUAAAAGAAAAAUACUUAAACUAUUUAAACAAAUAGGUUUUACUUGAAACACAGAAUAAUAAAAUGGGCGUAGGUAAUUCUUCUACUUUUGCUGAACGUUCGUCGACGGUUGGACACUUUUGUUGCACAUCUUGUGAGGAACAUAAUCUUCAGAAUUUGGCGGUUAUUUAUUGUGAGGAAUGCUCAAGGUUUUUUUGUAAAAAAUGUAUCAAACCUCAUAAAAAAUUGUUUAUGAAACAUCGAACAUGUGGAAGGGGAGAUAUUAAGAAAUGGCCAGUUUCAAAGGAGGAUGCUUCUCUUUUACAUAAGGGAGGAGAUUUUCUUUCAAAUACAGAGGAUGAUUUUCUUUCAAAGGAGGAGGGAGAUUUUCUUUCAAAUAAAGAGGAUGAUUUUCUUUCGAAGGAGGAGGGGAAUUUUCUUUCAAAGGAGUUGGAGGAUUUUCUUUGGAAGUGUGACGUGCAUGUGGAUAAAAAACUGUCACAGUUUUGCCAUGACCACAGUCAGCUGUGCUGCUCUGAUUGUGUUGUAAAAAUUCACAGCCAGUGCAGUAAAGUGACCCAGAUUUCGGAGCUGACCAACUCGCAGCCCACUGGCCUGGAGGGGAUGUCAGUGGAGCUGGAAACUGUCCUGGGGGAAAUUAAAACCCUGCAGAUCAGUCAGAAGGCCAGCAUUCAGUCAUUGCAGAAAACAUACAAGGAACAUAGUGCAGUUAUGAUAGAGCAAAUGCGUGGCAAUUUAAAUACUUAUAUAGAUGAAUGGGAUAAUAGUUCUGUGGGUACAUCAGGCGGAAAUGAGCAAUAUUUAAAAGAAGAGAUGUGUAGGAGUGUUCUCUCUAUCGUGAAUGAAUUUGAUAAUAUUACUGCGAAGGAACUUAACGAGAUGAAAGAUGAAGUUAUAAGCAUUAAAGGGUCAGUUACAAGUUCUAUUCAUAAAUGCACCAGUCUUCACAAUGACUUGUCACAAUUCCAUGAAAUUGUUCAGAAAAUUGGAGAUCAUAAGCAGCUCUGCCUUAUAGCCAGCAUAAAAUGUAAGCAUAUAAUACAGCAGGCAUUGACUCUGCUGGGAAAGUCAGGCAAGGCGUUUAAUGUCCAGAGUAUUACUAAGCACAAUGUGAGAAUACCAAGAGAUUCAUAUCAAUGUAGUAUCACAGGCAUAUGUGUUCUGACUGAUGGGCAGGUGCUGGUUGCAGACUGGGGCAAUAACAGAGUCAAGCUGCUGAACCAGCAGUACCAGGUGGUGAGUCACUGGGAUGUGAAUGCUCAGCCAGAUGACAUUUGUUUGAUCACACCCAGUGAGGUUGCAGUGGCUGUGAAUGACCAUGAUAGCAAGAUACAUGAGGUCCAGUUUAUCACUGUCAACCAGGGAAAGCUUGUUCCUGGCAGGAAGUUUCAGUUACAACAUGAAUGUAGAGGUAUUGACCAUCACCAAGGAGUCCUUUUUGUCAUCUCUAGUGAAGAACUGUACAAAUACACACUGAAUGGCAAACAGGUCUGCAGUCUCUAUAGGUCAUUUGAAUAUACAGUAGACAAGUGUGCUGUGAGUCCCACAGGAGACAGGCUGUACAUCACCAGCAACUGGCAGAACAAGCUUCUCACCCUGGCCAGGGAUGGCACACUCCUGGCUACAUACACAGACCCAGCACUACGUGUCCCAACUGGUCUACAUGUGACCCCUGCAGGCCAGGUGCUGGUCUGUGGAUGGCGGCCCGACACUGUACGACAGGUGGGCUGGGAGGGAGAGAGUAAGCUGGCUAAUCUCGCUACUGAGGAGGAUGGAGUGUGGCACCCAGAAUGUACAUGA